CUUAACAAAACCCCUGCCAGAGUUCACAGGCAGAAUUGCUGUUCGUUGAAUCUCCCCGCUCCGCCACGUUGGGUUCAGCGAGAGAAAUUCCUUCUCUGAGCUCAUCUGUUCUCUGCUUUCUGUGCUGGGAUGUAAAAUGUUGUGUACAAGGACACUGGGUUGUUAUUUUUAAGAGAUAAUAAUGCUGAGGCUACAACACUUCUAUAGAAGUUUGCUACCAAGCAAGCUAAAAAAAAAAAAAAAGUAUCUUCUGAAGAGGCUGGCUGGUAAUACUGGGUUUAUUUUCGGUCCUUGUAGUGGGUUGUAAAACUACUGAGAGAGUUGAGAAAAUAAUAUUUGUUUCUAAAAUAAGUGUUACCUCUUAAUUUGCUUCUCCAGUGAAAUAAAUAAUAUUCCUGGCAUGUGAUAGAAUUAACUAAAGAGAAGUGUCCUCAGGAAUUGUCUCCAGAGGAGAAGUGCUUCCUUAUGUCUAUGUAAAUGUAAAAGAAAGAACAGCUGGUUUUUAAAUUAAAUCUAAAACCAAAAGGCUGAUAAAUGACACUUGAUGUAGCAGUGUAAUGCAAGCAUCCAUUCCAUCCCUGGGGAUCCCUGGGAGGAGGGAGCUGGUUGUGGAGGUGUCGGGGAUCUGAGCAGUCUGCUUGUGUUUUAUGUGCUCUCCUGGAUUUUCCUCACUGGUGUCAGUGUGGCAUUUAAUCCUCUCAUGGGUGAGUUGAAUAAAGCAACACACCCUUUUUACCCUCUUGGUUUUAAAUACGGGCAUUCAAACUCUUUUCCGACCAUCUGAAAUGAAAAUGCAUAAUGAAGUCGGGAGUUUAUGAACAGGUAAUUUAUUUGCAUUACAUGAAAGGCUGAAAGGAGACAUUGAGGUUACAGAAAGCCACUGAAUAUUCUGAGGUCUCACAGGCAAGGUAGAGAAAGAGGAAUGUGGAAAAAACCCCAACCCUCUGAGUGUUCUGGAGUUCAGCUCUGGGAAAGAUCUUGACCUGUGUCAAACUGAGAUCUGCUCUUUUUUAUGCUUUGAAAUUGAAACUUUCAGAACAGUUUUUACUGGGCUUUUCACAGCAAGUUUAUUUAUACUGAAACUGAGGUUUGGAAUUUAAAAAAGAAUUUAAAUGUAACAGCGACUGUUCUAAUAGAUUUUAUUUAAUAUUUAUUGUUGUUCUGAGUUCUGGUUUUGAUAUCCCUGUCACUGGUACCAUUGUGUCAGAGCUGGGAUUGAGCUUUUCAGUGAAUUCCAGAAAUAGAUGGAGGUGAUAUGGUUAUUGUCCCCAGAACUGGAAGGUUCAUGGGGCAGUUAUGUUGGGACCUCCAGAUAAAAUUAAAUUUUACUGAAUUCCUUUGUGAUUUACAGCAGUGUAGGAAUCUCAUCCAACAGAUGCAAAACUAAGGAAAAUGUAAGUGCUUGAGCACUUGGAAGUAAUUUCAGCCUAAUCAGGUCACUCCAAAGAGUAAGAAAUUCAGUACAGAAGUAUUUUUAACACAGCUGAAUGUGUACAACACUGAGAGCUGUUGAAGGCAUGCUCUUAGUGUUUUUCCUGGGAGAAUGGUUGCCUUUGGAAGGACCCAGAAGUGAGAUAAUGUUUGGUAAACUGAGGCAAACACCAUAAUACAGACAGAGAGGGAAUGGUCUCCACUUUCUUCUGUUGUAAAAUGCAAAGCAAUUUGUGCCACUCCCUGGUGCAGUCAGGAAUUUCUCAGUCCUGCUGCAUCCCCUGGCACGAGCCCCAGACCCCCUCCCCAGCCUUACCUCACACUCUGCUUCCCAUCCAACUUCUUGGGCAACAUGUCAGAGCCAUAAAAAACGGAGUGAUAAAACCAGGGAAAGUUAUUCCCUUUGCUUUAGGAACAGCCCCCCUUGCAUGCGAGGCAUCAGUGACUCCAUUUAAAUUUGCUUAAUGAGCCAGGCUGUCAGGGAAACAAAGGAAUACUAAUUUUUCAUUUGUAAAUAGCAUUUGUUUUGGUGUGCAGAUGACUUUAAUUACAUUUCUCAACACAUAAUUAGAAAUGAAAUUUUAAAGUUACAGGAAGUUGCACACACUUGGUGCUUUUAAUCAAAUUUUGUUCCGUUUCACUUAUAUCAGAAAUACGAAUAAUUUUAUUUGAAAGCUGCUAAAAUAACUGGCCUUUGUUCCUAAAAAAGCAGUUUCAGGGAUAUGAAUUUGUCUUAUACCUGAGGAGUGACCAGGUAGCAGUAGUUUGGAUUUUCUCAGUUCUCUAGAAUGAUCAUAUGCAUUUAAAUUCAUUUAAUAUAUAUAUAUUUGUGAACAGCACUGUGGUGGAGCCUGUAAAUCCCACAUUUCUGUCACGCUGACUCAGGGGACACCUCAUUGAUUUCCUUCAUUUAGCUGGAAAUGUUUUUUCUGCUGCGACAUAGGUGCUGGUUGCCUUUUUCAUGUGUCAUUUUGGUGUGACUCAGUGUCGUGCAGUGGGCUUAGACACUCAGGUUCUCAGCCCUUUUCCACGGGGAAGAGAAUUCCGUUCAUCAGGUUGCUGGUUUUGAACUGACAGAAUGUUUAAUUUGUGCUUCUUUGUCGCCCAGUUCUUGUGUCACUGAGUUCUGAUUAAAUAACAUCCAAACUCCCUUUUGAAUGGAGGAGACUCCUGCGCUGUCAGAAAAAUUCACCCUGUUCUUUCUGAGAGCUCUCCCCCCCGAGGGGCAGCUGUGACUGCAAUCAGUACCAAUAAUUCUGUUUUAGAAGAUACAUUUAUCACUAUUUAGCACAGUAAAAGAGAGGAGCCCUGGGUAAGCAGGCGGGGGGGCUGAAAUGGAAGAGGCGCUUUUGGAAACAGCGCCAAAUCCAAGCUGGGAUUGUCAGCUCUGGGGGAGGCUGAGAUGGGAGGCUGCAAGCAAAGUGCACUCAGGGGAUCCCUUCCCUCUGCUGGCAUUAAAAGGCUGGGUGUUAAAUACAUUUCUGGAGCUGGGCACCCACUCCAGAACGUGUGUGGAAGGCACUAGAAGACAAUCCUGGAGAUGUUGGCGCUGUGGAAGCUGCUUUGAAGGGCCGGGUUCAUUCUGUGCCUUUGGCACGUGUGAGCCCUGUGCUGGCAGAGGAGCUGUGCUCCUGGCACCUCCCUGCUCCCACCUUGAGGCACUGCUCACCCUUAUUCUGCUGUGGGAACACCUGGCUGGCCGUGCCUGACGCACACAAGGGUCUCUCUUGGCUGAGGGUUUAACAUUCCCUUCGCUGUGUGUUUGUUUUUAAUUAGGCACAGCACCCCGAUGAAAGUCUGACAGCAGCCCGGGCCAAUAAGUAAAAGCCUCGGUGUCACUUAAUCUGUAUUUUGCCACUUGUUAUCCUCUUAGUUCCAGGCUAUUUUAUGUCUUGCAAAGCAGCUCUCAGUCCCAGAGUCUUCUGGGGGUUAAUUUGAAAGGCACAAAGGAGAGUUUUUAGUGAGGAGCAGUGUUUGGUGUCACUUUGGGCUCCUGCCUGGCCACGAAGAGCCCUCCCUGGCAGCAGGGGCUGGGGGCUGCCUGGAGCACGUCGUGGUGAGCAGGGAGCCAUCCCAGUGCUGGUAAAAUGUUGGGAAUAUGGUAUGUUUCUGCUGCUGUGAGCCAGACAGGAUUGUACCCAUAGUGGAAGAAUCUGACAUCAUCGACCUGGAGAAGCGCUACUGGCUGCUGAAGGCUCAGUCCCGGACUGGCCGCUUUGAUCUGGAGACAUUUGCCCCCUUGGUGUCCCCCCCGAUCCACCAAUCCCUGAGUGAAGGUUUGUUUAAUGCUUUUGAUGAAAACCGAGACAAUCACAUAGAUUUUAAAGAAAUUUCCUGUGGGCUCUCAGCAUGUUGCAGGGGACCCUUGGCAGAGAGACAGAAGUUUUGCUUCAAGGUGUUUGACGUGGACCGCGAUGGGGUCUUGUCUCGCACCGAGCUCAAGGACAUGGUGGUGGCACUUUUAGAGGUCUGGAAAGACAACAGGACAGACAAAAUACCUGAGUUGGACAUGGGCUUGUCUGAAAUCGUGGAAGAUAUUUUACACGUGCAUGAUAACACAAAGCUCGGACACCUCACCCUGGAGGACUACCAGAUCUGGAGUGUGAAGAGUGCUCUUGCCAAUGAAUUUUUAAAUCUGCUUUUUCAGGUGUGUCACAUCGUUUUGGGACUGCGACCUGCCACCCCAGAGGAGGAGGGACAGAUUAUUAGAGGCUGGCUGGAAAGAGAGAGCAGGUAUGGCCUCCAGCCAGGGCACAACUGGUUUCUCAUUGCUAUGCCCUGGUGGCACCAGUGGAAAGAAUAUGUCAAAUAUGAUGCAAACCCAGUUGUGAUAGAGCCUUCAUCUGUCUUGAGUGGAGGUAAGAAUCCCCUGGUAGCUGCUGCAGCCAAUACCCCAGAACAGGGAGAAGACAAAAUGGGAGGUCUUAAUGACUUCAGUGCUCCAGAAGAAAAGUUUUCAGAUAAUAUUUCCACUGCCUCAGAAGCCUCAGAGUCCACCAGCAGCAAUGCUCUGUACCCUGGCACCCCAGGCUCUGAGGUGAGCUUUGCAAGGCAGCACAACACUUCAGACAACAACAACCAGUGUUUGCUUGGCUCCAAUGGCAAUGCUCUGCUGCAGCUGAACCCCCAGAAACCUGGAGCCAUUGACAACCAGCCCCUGGUGACCCAGGAGCCAGUCAAGGCUGCAUCAUUAACUAUGGAGGGUGGAAGGCUGAAGAGAUCUCCACAGCUGGUGGAAGGAAAGGACUAUGUCAUGGUGCCAGAACCAGUUUGGAGAGCACUUUACCACUGGUAUGGAGCAAACCUGUCCCUGCCCAGGCCGGUGAUCAAGAACAGCAAGACCAACGUGCCCGAGCUGGAGCUGUUCCCCCGGUACCUGCUGUUCCUGCGGCAGCAGCCGGCCACGCGCACCCAGCAGUCCAACGUCUGGGUCAAUAUGGGUAUGAUGAGCCUCAGAAUGUUCCCUCAGCAUUUGCCCAGAGGGAAUGUCCCCUCCCCGAAUGCUCCUCUGAAGAGGGUGCUGGCUUACACUGGCUGCUUCAGCCGCAUGCAGACCAUCAAGGAGAUCCACGAGUACCUGUCCCAGCGGCUGCGCAUCAAGGAGGAGGACAUGCGCCUCUGGCUCUACAACAGCGAGAACUAUCUCACUUUGCUGGAUGAUGAAGAUCACAGACUGGAAUACCUUAAAAUCCAAGAUGAGCAGCAUUUAGUAAUAGAAGUUCGAAACAAAGACAUGAGCUGGCCAGAAGAGAUGUCUUUUAUAGCAAACAGCAGUAAAAUAGACAGACACAAAGUUCCUACUGAGAAGGGUGCUACAGGCCUGAGCAACCUGGGCAACACGUGCUUCAUGAACUCCAGCAUCCAGUGUGUCAGCAACACGCAGCCCCUGACCCGUUACUUCAUCUCAGGGAGGCAUCUCUACGAGCUGAACAGGACAAAUCCCAUAGGAAUGAAAGGACACAUGGCCAAGUGCUAUGGGGAUUUGGUGCAGGAGCUGUGGAGUGGCACCCAGAAGAACAUCGCCCCCUUAAAGCUGAGGUGGACAAUAGCAAAAUAUGCUCCAAGAUUUAAUGGCUUUCAGCAGCAAGACUCCCAGGAGCUGCUGGCUUUUCUCCUGGAUGGGCUCCAUGAGGACUUGAACAGAGUCCAUGAUAAGCCAUAUGUGGAGCUGAAGGACAGUGAUGGCAGGCCAGACUGGGAGGUGGCAGCAGAGGCCUGGGAAAACCAUCUGAGAAGAAACAGAUCCAUCGUUGUGGAUUUAUUCCAUGGGCAGCUGAAGUCACAAGUGAAAUGUAAAACUUGUGGGCAUAUAAGUGUUAGGUUUGACCCUUUUAAUUUUUUAUCCUUGCCUUUGCCAAUGGACAGCUACAUGCACCUAGAAAUUACAGUAAUUAAAUUAGAUGGUACCACUCCUGUUCGAUACGGGCUGAGAUUGAACAUGGAUGAGAAGUACACAGGCUUGAAAAAACAGCUGAGUGAACUCUGUGGCCUCAAACCAGAGCAGAUUCUGCUUGCAGAGGUGCACAGCUCCAAUAUAAAGAACUUCCCUCAGGACAACCAGAAGGUGCGGCUGUCGGUGAGCGGCUUCCUGUGCGCGUUUGAGAUCCCCAUCCCAGGCUCCCCCACCUCAGCAUCCAGCCCUGUGCAGACAGAGACCUCCACUGGGCCACCAGCCAACGGAGCCCCCACCAUCCUGAUGAACGGGGACGUCCCCAAGCCAAGCCUCAUUCCCAAUGGGAUGCCAAACACUGUGGUGCCGUGCGGGACGGAGCGCAGCCCGCCCAGCUGGACCCUCAACGGCCACGUGCCCUCGCUGUGUGACAGCCCCUGCACAGGAUACAUCAUUGCAGUGCACAGGAAGAUGAUGAGGACGGAGCUGUAUUUUCUCUCAUCUCAGAAGAACAGGCCCAGUCUCUUUGGGAUGCCACUGAUUGUUCCCUGCACGGUUCACACACGCAAAAGGGACCUGUAUGAUGCUGUGUGGAUCCAGGUUUCCAGGCUGGCCAGCCCCCUCCCUCCUCAGGAAGCCAGUAACCAUGCACAGGACUGUGAUGACAGCAUGGGGUAUCAAUACCCCUUCACCCUCAGGGUAGUUCAGAAGGAUGGAAAUUCUUGUGCUUGGUGUCCAUGGUACAGGUUCUGCCGCGGCUGUAAGAUUGAGUGCACAGAGGACAGGGCCUGUGUGGGCAAUGCCUACAUUGCUGUGGACUGGGACCCCACCGCGCUGCACCUGCGCUACCAGACCUCGCAGGAACGGAUCGUGGAAGAACAUGAAAGUGUUGAACAAAGCCGCCGAGCCCAGGCAGAGCCCAUCAACCUGGACAGCUGUCUGAGAGCCUUCACCAGCGAGGAGGAGCUGGGGGAGGAUGAGAUGUACUACUGCUCCAAGUGCAAGACCCACUGCCUGGCCACCAAAAAACUGGAUCUUUGGAGACUUCCCCCUAUUUUGAUCAUCCACCUGAAAAGAUUUCAGUUUGUUAACGGCCGCUGGAUAAAAUCCCAGAAAAUUGUUAAAUUUCCCAGAGAAAACUUUGACCCAAGUGCCUUUUUGGUACAAAGGGAUCCGAGUCAUUUCCAAAGGAAGCAGCUCACCCUGCAGGUUGAGAGCCUUCCUGAAGCACGGCCUGGCCAAGGGGACGCCAGGAAAGCAGAUGUGCAGAUCACUGGCACAGCAGGAGAAGGGGACACCCUGAACAGGAGUCCAUCCUCCCUAAACACUACUGUCCUCAACAAUGUCAAAGCAUCUCCAUCCUUGGGGAGGAAAAGUGGAACCAGCUGCCCCUCAAGUAAAAACAGCAGCCCCAACAGCAGCCCAAGGACUUUGGGGAGAGGCAAAGGGCGCCUGCGGCUGCCCCAGCUGGGGAAAAACAAACUGUCCAGCAGCAAGGAAAACCUGGCUGCAAACAGGGAGAACGGUGCUGAGCACGAGCAGGGGGAUGCCCUGACUAAAGGACAGGCUUUGGGGGGCAGCCAGAGCGAGCUGUACCCCGGGCAGGACAGCGAGGGGGCUCUGGCCAACGGGUACCUGUGGGAGCAGAGCUCGCUCAGCAACGGGCAGGGCGAGAACCACAGCGAGGACGACGCCGCCGACGACCAAAGAGACAGAGACGACGUCUGGGUCAACCCCAUCUACAACCUAUAUGCAAUCUCGUGCCAUUCAGGAAUUAUGGGAGGGGGUCAUUACGUCACUUAUGCCAAAAACCCGAACAACAAGUGGUACUGCUACAAUGACAGCAGCUGCAAGGAGUUGCACCCGGACGAGAUCGACACGGACUCUGCCUACAUUCUGUUCUACGAGCAGCAGGGGGUGGACUAUGCCCAGUUCCUGCCCAAGAUCGAUGGCAAGAAGAUGGCAGACACGAGCAGCAUGGACGAGGACUUCGAGUCCGACUACAAGAAGUACUGCGUGCUGCAGUGAGCCUGAGCUCCACGGGCUGGGGGAGAAACCCCGGGAUGUGCCCCCGGGGAGGCCGUGACUGAGACAGAGAGCAGCUUGUGGUUGUCAUUGUCCCCUGUGAGCUGAAAGCACAAAAAGAGCCCCUGGUUAAGCAGUUAAUAUCCAGUAGUAUUGUUUUGUUCUGUUUUCUCACUACAUGCUCGAAACGUUUCUGAUGUUGGACAUCUGAGACUGCCACUGGCCUUUAAAUCCAAUGGUUUGAGAAAAGCCAACUAGGACCAAAUAAGAGCUAAAUUAAACAUCCAAAUAAGAGCUAAACAGAGUAGUGUAGAGUUUACCAACUGUUCUAACACCCCCCGAGGCUCUCGUUAGGUUUAAGGUAACGGGGAAAAACAAUUUCUAGUGUUGUCUUUGGACAACAUGAUAUUGCUACCUCCUUUUUCCUGCAGUUUUAUUGCAUUUUAUUGGCAAAACGGGGAAGGCGAGAGAAGGAAAAGUGCACAAAUGGAAACAAAUUAUUGUCAUGGGGAAGAGAAGUUUCCAGUUUUGCCACCACUGAUGUGUGUCAGUUGCUUUCUUUCUGUAUGUUGGGAGCACAACCAAAUCAUCAUUUGAGAAGAGAUUAAUUUCUACACUUGAAUGGUUUAUUAUACUUGUGUUUUCUCCACGUGUUGGCUGUGCAGAUCAACAUGUUUCAGGAAUGGCUUUUCUGCCUGAAGAGUGCUGGCUCAAACUUUUUUGAGCUGCCUCAAGAAGAAGCUUCAGGUUGGAGAGAGUAGUUGUGAUUACACUCACGGUGUCUUAAAAUGUGCACAUUGCACAAAACGUUCCCAGCUUUUGGAAGGAGAGAUGCUUGAGCUUAUGUUUCAUGACUGGUGUUGUUGCUUUUGAAAUUUGCACUUUUGAAAACGCAUCUGAUUCGAUUGAAACCCACGGUUUGUUUGGUUUUGUUGUUGUUGUUGUUGUAAGGGCUCUGGAGUGAAUGGCUGUGAGUACCCGCCGUGUAUUUCAAAGCAAGAAGCUGUGGCUGUCAGGUAGCUGUCGUAGCAUUCAUGGAUGGAGGUUUUUUAUUGGUUUCCUAACUCAGUUUCUUGUUUUCAAAAUUUGGUUGCCUUUUCAAAUCAGCUUCUUUUUGUUUGUUUGUUACACAGGUUAUGCAAAUACUUGCAAUUAAACCAGAGUUGCUUUCCUUUCCAUGCCCUUGCAACAUGCUCUGGAAUUCAAGGGGCUUCUUGCAUGAAGGGAAGUGUGACUGAGUCUUAGCAGAGACUGGAAGAAAAGAGGGUUGAUUUUUUUUGAGCAGGCAUUUCUUUAAACAUUUUCAGUGUUAAAUUGUUUGCAUAUCUGAAUGAAGAUUAAAAUUUUCACUCUUUUGGCCUUUUGUUCUUCAGCUGAGCUUAAGCAGCUUAUUAAUUUUGUCGUACAUCAUCUUUCCCAGUUCUCUAGAUUUUUGUACCUUCACUAACAAAACUGUUACUCGCCUGGUUCUCUGCCAUUCAUGUUUGCAUUCAUUUUGGGGUGUUUGACAAGAAUGCCAAACCUUCAGCAGUUUAUCAUUUCCAGGAGGAUCUGGGGUUUAUCCAUUGGUGAUGAUAUCAGCUGGUCUGGCUGGCUGCUCAGGCAGAGCCUCCCAGCCUUUGGAGGUUGUGCCUCUUUGGGGACAGCAGAUCUGUUCCAAAAUGAGUCUCGUCUUACCCGUCAGGUGUUGCUCCUUAUCCUCUAUGGUCUUUUAUCUUUAAAGUGGUCUGAACAUUGAGCCUAAAGAAAAGCAAACAUGACUAGUGAAUUUCUAGGUUAGAAGCUUUUUCAACACCCACCUGUCUACUCCUCCCUCCGCAAACUCCAUGAAAAGUGAAAGAUUUUCAACUGAUUUACUUUAAAAUGUUUUAUUUAAGCAGGUAGCACAAUCUACUAAUGUUAUUUGAUCUUCUGUGUUUGUUACAUUGGUUGUAAUUAAUUUUUUAAAUUAAAUUAAUUCAAGAAUUAGUAGUAAAUUUAUUAAGUUAACUAUUAACUACAUUCACUUUGUAAAUUAUUGUAUAAAACUUAUUGACAAUGCACUGACUUUAGAAAGAUGUUAAUGUACAUAAAUGCCUUGUAAAUAAAAUAGUGUUGAUGUACUGGAAUAUGAGCUGUAUUAAAACAAAGGUAUUGGUAAUUGUAUAUGGAGUGAACCUGUUUAUCUGUAACUAUAUUAUUCAAACAAAUUAAAUACUGUGGAUGCAGAUGAAGUGUCA